ACAUGCAUAAAGCCCUUUCUGCAACCUCCUGUACCCUGUCCAAGUACUGUACUGAGUGCCGUGCCUUUGUGCACGACUACAACUUGAGCCCCAUGGCCUCCUAGACCUUUGAUAGACAUUUGAUAUACCUUUGAAACAGGACGGUCCUGUACACAAAGCUGCCGCACGAUGCGUCGGACGGUCAUCGGGACGGUGGAGCUGCUGGGCCGGAGUGCCUCUCGGUCUGGCCCGGGGAUGAGCAGGCUUCCGAUGCUGCCACUGGCCAAAACAACCGCUACAGACAUCGUUAGGUUCCGCUCCACGUCCUCUAUGCAGGGGUACUCGGAGAUGGCGAGGGAAAGGUCCAAGACGGUCACCUCAUUUUACAACCAGUCUGCAAUUGACAUCUCCGCAGAGAAGGCCUCUGUUCGUCUGAUGCCAGCCACACUGUUGUAUGCUGGGAAAUCACCUGAUGGACAACACAUCCUGAGCAGUGCCAAGUACCUGCACAAGGAGCUGCCUGUGCGCAUCGCCCAUCGGAUCAAAGGUUUCCGCAGUCUGCCCUUUAUCAUCGGCUGCAACCCCACCAUCCUCCAAGUGCAUGAACUCUACAUCCGGGCGUACCACAUGCUCAUCGACUUUCCCUUGAUCAAGGACCAGGAGUUGGAAGCCAGCUUCAGUAAGCUGGUGCAGCAGCUGCUGGACGACCACAAGGACGUGGUGACGAUGCUGGCCGAGGGCUUCAGGGAGUGUCGUAAACACAUCGAGGACGAGACCAUCGUUCGGGGCUUCCUGGACACCACUCUGUGCUCCCGCCUGGGCAUCCGAAUGCUGGCCACCCACCACCUCUCCCUCCAUGAGGACAACCCGGACUUUGUGGGCAUCAUAUGCAGACGACUCUCCCCGAAGAAGAUCAUCGAGAAAUGGGUGGAUUUUGCGCGGCGGCUGUGUGAGCACCAGUACGGUAACUCGCCCCGGGUGCGGAUCAACGGCCACGUGGCCGCCCGCUUCCCCUUCAUCCCCCUGCCCCUGGACUACAUCCUGCCCGAGCUGCUCAAGAACGCCAUGAGAUCCACCAUGGAGAGCCACCUGGACACACCUUACAAUGUGCCUGACGUCAUGGUAACCAUUGCCAACAACGAUAUAGACUUUGUCAUCAGGAUCUCUGACCGCGGCGGUGGCAUCCCCCACGCCAACAAGGACAAGGUGAUGGACUACCACUUCAGCACGGCAGAGGAGAGCAACCAAGACCCCCGCAUGAGCAGCCUCUUCAACACCAUGACCAACAGCGGGCCCCAGUCCGGCCCCAUGCACGGGUUUGGCUUCGGGCUGCCCACGUCCCGGGCCUAUGCAGACUACCUGGGGGGGUCCCUCUCUAUCCAGUCCAUGCAGGGCAUCGGCACCGACGUGUACCUCCGCCUGCGCCACAUCGACGGGAAGGGGGAGAGCUUCCGGGUCUGACGGCCGCCAGCCUUUUGUAUUAAACCCCCCCCCCCCCCAAAUGUGGAGUCAGGACGGGCAGUAUUUUUGUUUUUUUCCAUCCCAUGUGGAGUUUUCCCUUUUUUUAAGGGGGGAGGGGUUAGAUGGUUUUUGCUAUGAUGGAAAUGGAGUCGUCUUGUUUUUGCUGUUCAUUACCAGGCCAACACUUGCAUACCCCCUUGAAGGACAUUUGGAGAUGAUUGAAGCCACUGAAGAAGCUAGACUAGUGCAGGUGCAUUAAUGGGUUAGUAUUGCCAUUCAUUAAGCGCCAGGGACAGAGCGGGGGGGUUGAAGAAAUCCUUGGGAAGGACUUAUGAGAUUUUGAAUGCAGUUGGCGGGAAAUAAUGUUGACCUAUGAUGAUUAUUAUUGGUAUUAAUAUAAUUACUUUUGUUUUGGGCACAAAUACAGCUGCAGUAUCUGUGCUCCGUGUUUAAAUCCUAAUGAUGAGUUCUAACCUUUCUUUGCGUAGUCACAUUUUUUUUAACACCAAAGUGUUUUUUCUCUUUUAGUGAUUUUAUGCUGAAGACUUUUCCCAACCGCAAUUGAGACAGUACUUUUCUACUGUGUAGUGGAAUGGGGGGGACGGGAAUUUUCCAUUUGGAUGACUGAAGACCAUAUUGAGGGCAGAAGUAAUUGAUAGCAACCAUGUUCAAACCCACCCACCUCAAUUCUUUUUUUCUUUUUUUUUUACACACCAGAGGAAACGGCGAAAAGUGAAUAAAAAAAUAAAAUAGUAGUAAUAGUAGUGUUGUUGGCAAGGUCUCAGGUGAGCAGAGAGGUCGUCAGCUGCCUUACGAUGUGGUUUUACCAACUGUAGACAGUCAGCAUAACCGUGUAUUUCUGUUGCCUUUCAAUGUUGUCAUUUCUUUGUUUUGUUCUACAUUGACAGAUUUCUCUUUGACAUUUCAAGUGCUUUUCAACAAUCAAGUUGUUUUUUACCUUCCAGAGAACAAUGUAGUCACUCAAAGUUGUGGCUUAUUUAUAAAAGCUACUUGGAGAUUAUUAACAACUAUAUUUCAAAUAAAAAUGUUUGUUGUGGUUUGCACUCCCAUCCAAGUAAGAUCUGCACUGUAUUGCCUUCUCGGGGGGGCUGAAUACGUCUUUGAUGAACCUCCUUAACAGUAUAUAAGGACACAAAGAAACAGCUAUGAUUGGCUUGAGGGCACCUGUUACUAAAGGCCAUUUGUCUUAGUGAUCCUCUAUAGUGCAUGUUGCGGGACCAUGAACCCAGGGAAACAAUUGGAUAAUGGCAUGAUGGGCAUUUGAAACCAUUUCUACUCACAAGAUAUGUCGAUGCUUUUCAAUAACCAAAUGUGACAAGAGUCCCCAGAGACUUCAUAUGAACAGUGUUUAAGUGAGUCGAAAAUAACUAAAUGACGAGGAAAUGCAUGAAUUAUCAGACACGCCUUAAAACAAGGUUAUUUAGUGGAAAUUGUUUUCCUUGCAACCCUCAAACGAUGCGACUAACAAAUUGUACAGUAUAUUAAAAGUACACUUUUAAAAGUGAGCAGCUAAUGGAUCCAGGUUCUGCUGGGUGCCGACGGUCUGCCCUCUGCUGGCUUGUUGAAGGAACUACUAGACAACAAAAAACUAAAGCGGUUAAUCACAAAAUUAAUAACCAGGGAAGGCUAGGUCCUUAAGAAAGACACAACUCUAUCUCUUCCAUUUUAUAAAUAUACCAAGUAGCUAACAUCCUUAAGGCCAAAUGUACGAAUGUGACUGAUCAACUGUCAUGGACCGUUUCCUGUGUUUCAUAAUUAUACAUUUCACUCUUAACAGCCCGUUUAUAGUGAAUGGACUUAUUUGCCAUUAUAAAACUAUUGAACACCAAUUCAUGGUUUCCCUUACU